AUGGCGGAAAGUUCAGCCGAACCUGAGAAAGACUAUAAGACAUAUAUUGUUGUCUUUAAAAAAGAGGCAACAGAUGCAAAGGUUAAUAACGUUAAGGAUUUCUUAACUUCCGGUGGAGGGAGAGUUAAGCAUGAGUAUUCCACUUUGUUUAAAGGAUUCGCUGUGGAGGUGCCGUCCGAUGAG